AGUAUAUGGGUAGAAUAUAUGCACCAUCAUAUAUCAGUUGAGAAGAAACGAGAGAAGACGAGAAAAUGCAAAUUGGUCGCCUUGUAUUCCAAAAUACUUUCUCGAAGUUGCAGUCGAUACGUCAAAUCUCUACAACGUACAAAGUAAUGGCUCCCAUUAAGGUUGGUGAAAAGCUGCCCUCCGUGGAUCUGUUUGAAGAUUCCCCAGCCAAUAAGAUUAACACUGGCGACUUGACAUCCGGAAAGAAAGUUGUAAUCUUUGGUGUACCUGGAGCUUUUACCCCCGGCUGUUCCAAAACACAUUUGCCAGGAUAUGUAUCAUCGGCUGACAGCUUGAAAUCUCAACAAAAAGUUGAUGAAAUUGUUUGUGUUUCCGUCAACGAUCCUUUCGUAAUGUCCGCUUGGGGCAAGGAACACAAUGCUGCGGGUAAAGUACGCAUGUUGGCCGAUCCUUCUGCCGCUUUCGCUAAAGCCUUGGACUUGACCAUUGACUUGCCACCAUUGGGUGGAGUACGCGCUAAGCGCUUUUCCAUGGUCGUGGAGAAUGGACAAGUUGUGGAAUUGAAUGUGGAACCAGACGGCACUGGCUUGAGCUGCUCUUUGGCCAAUAACUUGGGCAAAAAGUAAAGAGAUUAUUAGAUUGCAAUCGAAUUGCAUUAUCCGCAUGCUGCCCAAUGAAAAUAAGCUACGUAGAACGUGUAUCCAGUCAAUUGAAAAAUAAACAUUAUUUGAAGUGUAGGCUAUAUCGAAACUGUAGAUGAAUCAAAAAUAAAUGAAACAUAAUAAAAAACAAA